CGGUCUGGCAACCAUGAAGACUGUCUUGGUCCUAGCGAGUUUGGUAGCCCUGGCUUUGGCCGGGAGCAUCGUCGUCCCACAGAAAUCCUCCGUCGACUACAAAGUGAAGAAGGUUGACAAUGAAUUCGUCGUGAAGCAACAACAAGUCCUGAAACUCAUUUACCACAGCAGCCAAUUGAACCCUGAGGCUGAAUAUUACAAGAUUGGGAAGGAUUAUAACAUCGAAGCCCACAUUGGUGAUUACACUAACCAAAAAGCUGUUCAAGAAUUCUUGAACUUAUGGAAAGUGGGAUUCCUCCCCAAGAACAUCCCCUUCUCAAUUUUCAACCAGAAAUCCAAACAAGAGGCAGUAGCUUUGUUCCACGUGCUUUACUACGCUAAGGACUUUGACACCUUCUACAAAACUGCAGCUUUUGCCCGCGUCUACUUGAACGAAGGCCAAUUCUUGUACGCUUACUACAUUGCUGUUCUCCAUCGCCCCGACACCAAGGGAGUAGUUCUGCCGGCUCCUUAUGAAGCGUACCCAGAACUUUUCUCUAACGUCGAUGUUUGGUAUAAAAUUAACCGCGUCAAGUUGGAGCAAGGAAUCAAUGCAGUUGAAUUCGGUUCCGAAUACGGCAUUGUGCAAGAAAACGACAAAUACGUCUUCUACGCUAACUACUCUGACUACUUCACCUACCCUGAUGUCGAGCACAAGAUUUCAUACUUCACUGAAGAUAUUGGUCUUAACGCUUACUACUACUACUUCCACGCUUUCUUCCCAUUCUGGUUGGAGGGCGACGUACAGUCCGUUCUGAAGGAACACCGUGGCGAGAUCUACUACUACUUCUACCAACAACUCUUGGCUCGCUACUAUCUGGAACGUCUAUCAAACGGUAUUGGCGAAAUUCCUGAAUUCUCAUGGAACAACCAAAUUGUAAAGGGUUACAGGCCAAUGAUGAGAUACUUUAACAACUUCGUUCAAAGGCCACAAUACUAUCAAAUUCCUUAUGAAUCUCAUGUCAAGGAACUGCAAGUACUUCAAGCUUUCGAACAGAGCUUCAUCGAGUAUGUUCAAGAAGGUCAAUUCAAGGAUAAUGUGGAAGGGAAAAAAGAAGUCAACCCUGUGAACUUUGUCGGAAACUUCUGGCAAGGAAAUGCCGACUAUGUUGCUAAAGUUGGUCCUUGGAAAUACCCAUACAGUUAUGAAGGAAUCGCUCGUUACGUUUUGGGUGCUGCUCCUCAAUCUUUUGAAAAGUACGUAUUAAAGCUUUGAAUGCUAGUUUGUGAUAUAGAAAUUUAUUUAAAAAUAAAAUACCUCUUUAUGAUUUUUAAAUUAAUUUUGUAACAAAGCAUAAAUUAAAAAUACAAAGAAUAAUUGCUAAAUCCUUUGACUGAAUACCGAUUGUAAUAUUUAUCAAACAUUUUUAAUAUUUUUAGAUACAACUUCGUUCCAACUGCACUUGACUUCUACCAAACAUCUCUU